UCCCAUUUGACUGCUGCGCCUCGAAAAUACUACGCCACCGCCGACGUUGACAAAAUGAGGAUACCUAACCCCUCACGAACGAUCCCUUAACAUCAAGGUCGAAGGGGUCUUAAGAUAUUGCCGGUGGAUGUUGCUGCAAGGAGUGAAGGAGAGGACGACGGCGAUCUUGAGCUAACUAGAGAGUGAGUGGGAUGUCGAUGUCGCAGAAGCUGACGCUGGGCUACGCAGCCCUACUGGGAGUGGGAGGGGUCAUUGGUUACAUGAAACGCGGCAGUCAGAAGUCACUUGUAGCCGGAAUAGGGUCAACUCUGUUGCUGUACUACGUUCACACUCAGCUUCCAGUAAGCCCAGCAUUUGCAUCAACGUUAGGGCUUGGCUUAUCUGCUGCACUUACAGUAGUUAUGGGUUCUCGCUUCAAGAGGUCGGGCAAGAUAUUUCCAGCUGGUGUUGUUGCAACUGUGUCAUUAAUAAUGGCUGGUGGCUAUCUCCAUGGCUUCUUUCGCAGUUUUCAUGCAUAGCACCAAAGAGUUCUUCAUCACUUGAACUAGUCGAGAAGCAGGUACGUUCUAUGUACUGAGUUUCUUUGGUGCGGCAAUCAUAACUUUCUGCUGUUUCUUCCUUUAUAUGGGCGUCGUUUGGGACAGAUUUUUUACUAUUUCUUGAAGCAACUUUCUAGUUCAAAAAAUUUUAAUUUUUAUACUAAAAAACUGUUUCAAAAGCAAGAAAAAAACAGUCACAAAUGAAACAAUAGUUUGAAGUAGCUGCUUUCAGACACUAUAAUAUGUUGCCUCAAUAGCAAGCAUUUAUAGUUACUGGUAUUUACCCAAAACAUAGCAAAUCUUUGAUCCUAAAAGGUCAUUGCAACAUUUUAAUAAGCAAAUACUGUUUGCAAACUGAUGUGAUUUUGUUUGGAAAUGAUUUCAUUGUAUGGCCAAAGAUCUGUAUUUCUUGUUGAAGUUUUGAAAAAUAACUUCACUUCGGCUGUUUAUUUAGAGCUGUGCUAAAUCUGUUAUAAUGACCGAAAAUUUCAUUCUAUAAACGCUAUGGUAUUUGAGAUAAUCUUUGCUUGCUAUA